AUGCCUGCAUGGUCCCGCUCCUUUCUGUCACAGUUCCUCGUGUGCACACGCUACAUCCUGAGGCAGUUACGAGUUUGCUUCUUGGACCGCCUGCCAUAUCUUCUCAGAUUUCUCUCCAUAUCCCAGCGACAAUCAUACCACCGAUAUUCUAUUAGUGUAACAUGGAUGUCGUUGAAGCAUGUAUCUUUUGGUCCUCUCGCAAUGCCGCAUGAGAUUUAA